GCCGCCGCCACCGCCAGCGCCACCAGCACGCGUCUCCAGGGUGCGGAGAAGCACGUUACUAUCCUCUCCCUGCGAGUGGGACUGGCACCCCGGCUCCAGCUCCAGCCAGAAAUACUCCACUGAGCACAGGCCCUGGUCAGGGCACAGCCUGCCUUCCCAGGCAGCAGGCAUGGAGGAACUGAAAUGGGAACAGUACACUGUGACCCUACAGAAGGAUUCCAAAAGAGGAUUUGGAAUUGCAGUGUCUGGAGGCAGAGACAACCCCCAUUUUGAAAAUGGAGAGACCUCCAUCGUCAUUUCUGAUGUGCUUCCAGGUGGACCUGCCGAUGGUCUGCUUAAAGAAAAUGACAGGGUGGUCAUGGUUAACGGCACCUCCAUGGAGGGUGUGCUCCAUUCGUUUGCAGUUCAGCAGCUAAGGAAAAGCGGGAAGGUCGCCGCCAUCGUAGUCAAGCGCCCACGGAUAGUCCAGGUGGCCCCACUCCAGGGCAGCCCUGCCCUCAGUCACGAUGACCGGGCUUUUGAUGUGAUGGACGAGUUCGAUAGCAGAAGUUUCCGCAGCGGGUACAGUGAGAGGAGCCGGCACAGCAGCCGUGAAGAGUUUAACCGCAGCUGGGAGGGCAGCCUGGACAGGAGCCGUGGCCACCACCGACACCAAGAUCAGGACCGCAGCCGCGGCCAGAGCCUAGAGCGAGGCCUGGACCGUGAUGAUCGCCGUGCCCGGGACCGCAGCCGCGGCCGGAGCAUCGACCGGGACUACGAGCGGGAUUAUGAGCGGAACUAUGAACACGCCUACCACCAGGCCUAUGGGCAGGACAGCCCGUCUGGGGAGAAUCGCCGCCGGGUCCAGCCGGAGCCCCGCUAUGAGCACCCCAGGAGCAGGAGCCAGGAGCACUUCCACUCGCAUAGCCCCAGCCCUGAGCCCCGGGGCCAACCUGCACCCGACAGGCACAUCGGGGUCCUCCUGACGAAGAGCAAAGCCAGUGAAGAGUAUGGUCUCCGGCUAGGCAGUCAGAUCUUCAUCAAGGAAAUGACCAAAACAGGUCUGGCAUCGAAAGAUGGCAACCUUCAUGAAGGGGAUCUGAUCCUCAAGAUCAAUGGGACUGUCACUGAGAACAUGUCAUUAAUUGAUGCUGGGAAGUUGAUAGAGAAGUCUAGAGGAAAACUCCAGCUUGUCGUGUUCAGAGACAGCAAGCAGACACUCAUCAAUAUCCCAUCACUGAAUGACAGCGACUCAGAAUUAGAAGAUAUCUCAGAAAUGGAGUCAGUCCGAUCAUUUUCUCCAGAGGAAAGACGCCAGCAGUAUUCUGAUUAUGAUUACCAUUCCUCCAGUGAGAAGCUGAAGGAGAGACCAAGCUCGAGGGAGGAUGCACCGCCAGGCAGACUGUCUAGGAUGGGUGCCACACCCACUCCGUUCAAGGCUUCAGGGGACAGUGCUGCUGCUUUCGUCACAGACACCAAAAAGGAACCCAGAUCCCAAGAGGAAACCCCUGCGCCUCUACCCAGAACAGCCCCAAGAACUUUUCUCCGUCCUAGUCCUGAAGAUGAAGCAAUAUAUGGCCCUGACACCAAGAUGUUGAAGUUCAAGAAGGGAGACAGUGUGGGCCUGCGGUUGGCUGGUGGCAAUGAUGUUGGAUUGUUUGUUGCUGGCAUUCAAGAGGGUACUGCCGCGGAGCAGGCAGGCCUGCAGGAAGGAGACCAGAUUCUGAAGGUGAAUACACAGGACUUUAGAGGACUGGUUCGGGAGGAUGCCGUUCUCUACCUGUUAGAAAUUCCCAAGGGUGAAAUGGUGACCAUUUUAGUUCAGAGCCGAGCUGAUGUGUACAGAGACAUCCUGGCUUGUGGCAGAGGUGAUUCGUUUUUUAUAAGAGCCCACUUUGAGUGUGAGAAGGAAACUCCACAGAGCCUGGCCUUUACCCAUGGGGAGGUCUUCCGUGUAGUGGACACACUGUAUGAUGGCAAGCUGGGCCACUGGCUGGCUGUGAGGAUCGGAAAUGAACUGGAGAAAGGCUUAAUCCCCAACAAAAGCAGAGCUGAACAGAUGGCCAGUGUCCAGAAUGGCCAGAGGGACAAUGCUGGGGACAGGGCAGACUUCUGGAGAAUGCGUGGCCAGAGAUCCGGGGCAAAGAAGAACCUGAGGAAGAGCCGAGAAGACCUGACAGCUGCGGUGUCAGUGAGCACCAAAUUCCCAGCAUAUGAAAGGGUUCUUCUGCGAGAAGCUGGUUUCAAGAGACCUGUGGUGCUAUUUGGCCCCAUAGCAGAUAUAGCAAUGGAAAAGUUGACAAAUGAGUUACCUGACUUGUUUCAAACAGCAAAGACAGAACCAAAAGACGCAGGAUCUGAGAAAUCUACUGGAGUAGUUCGGUUAAAUACUGUGAGGCACAUUAUUGAGCAGGAUAAGCAUGCCCUCCUAGACGUGACUCCAAAAGCUGUGGACCUGUUGAAUUAUACCCAGUGGUUCCCAAUUGUGAUAUUUUUCAACCCAGAUUCUAGACAAGGUGUUAAAAUCAUGAGACAGAGAUUGAAUCCAUCAUCCAACAAAAGUUCUCGAAAGUUAUAUGAUCAAGCCAACAAGCUCAAGAAAACCUGUGCACAUCUUUUUACAGCUACAGUCAACCUAAAUUCAGCCAAUGAUAGCUGGUUUGGCAGCUUGAAAGACACCAUUCAGAAUCAGCAAGGACAAGCAGUGUGGGUCUCUGAAGGAAAGAUUGAAGGGAUGGAUGAUGACCCCGACGACCACAUGUCCUACUUAACCGCCUUGGGCGCGGACUAUCUGAGUUGCGACAGCCGCCUCAUCAGUGACUUUGAAGACACGGAUGGCGAAGGAGGUGCCUACACUGACAAUGAGCUGGAUGAGCCAGCCGAGGAGCCGCUGGUGUCUUCCAUCACCCGCUCCUCGGAGCCGGUGCAGCAUGAGGAGAACAUAAGGAAACUCAGCCCAGAGCCACCAGCUCAGAUGAGGAGGGCUGCUAGCAGAGAUCAACUUAGGGACAGUAGCCCACCCCCAGCAUUCAAGCCAGAGCCGCCCAAGACAAAACCCCAGAACAAAGAAGAAUCCUAUGACUUCUCCAAAUCCCAGGAAUACAAGUCAAACCCCUCUGCUGCGGGUGGCGAUGAAAUUCCCAGGACAGCAGCCAGAGGUUGUCCUCCCCCUGUUGCGGUGAAACCCUCCUUUGGACGAUCCCUCCAGAAGCCCUCUGUCCCUGUCCCUGUCCCUGUCCCUCCCCCUGAGAGUGAGGAGGUCGGGGAGAGCAUCGAGGAGCAAGAGGACACUCCCAAAUCGGUCCUGGGCAAAGUCAAAAUAUUUGAGAAGAUGGAUCAUAAGGCAAGACUACAGAGGAUGCAGGAGCUCCAGGAAGCACAGAAUGCACAGAUUGAAAUUGCUCAGAAGCAUCCUAGUCUCUAUGCAGUUCCAAUCAAAAGCCCCAAGCCAGAUGCCGGCCUGCUGCAGCACACGAGUUCCAGACCCCCCGAGCCGCAGAAAGGCCCCUCCAGACUCUCUCAGAAUAUGCAAGGAAGUUACGGAAGUGACGCAGAGGAGGAGGAGUACCGCCAGCAGCUGGCAGAGCACUCAAAGCGCAGUUACUACGCCCAGCCCGCCAGGUACCGGGACACCGAAUUGUAGCGUCUGAACGUGGACUUUCUGGGCCCAUCAGACGCUCCUGGGAGGCACUGGGAUCAUUCUUCCACGGCAGAAACGCACUGGGUGUGGUGGGAACCAAAUGCGGGUUCUCCUGGGGGCCCCAGGUGCCAGCCAGCAUACUAAGACUCUGUGGAACCAGGGUGGAGAAGUUUAUUAUGGCUUUGUGCUCAGAAUUGAGAGGAACACUGCAGUCAGAUACUGUUACUUGCUUCAGUGAACCAAAAUCUGUAUUAAUGCUGUCGGUGUGUUUUUUAUAUGUAUAUUAAGAAGCAAUAACUCAAGGACGGCUUGAGGCUGAAUGUGAAAAAAAGGAAUAAAAUACACUGUUCGAUCAAACUAAAUUUAAAUUUAAAGUAUUUUACUAUAAAGUGCCUUUGAUAAGAACUGUCUUAAAUUCUUCCUUAAAGCUUUAUGCAAAGCCAUAAUGGACUAAAACUUUAUCUUGGCUACAUUUUUUAUACCAGUUUAAUAGCUAUGGUUUUUCCCUGCACUGUGUCAUCUUUUCAAAGUGUUCAUCUUUGUAAUAUUUUCUAUAAAUUCUGAUUGUACAUAUAAUAGCUAUCCUUGGUAAUUUGGCUGUAAAGUGCUAAAAAACUUGAAGGCCAAGAAGUUGGUAUGGGAACUUACUUGUUUAAAGUCAUGUGCUCCACAACAGAAGAUAGUAGAGAAGAGCAUUUUACUUCCACAAGUGUGUGUAUUCAUGGCCGUCAGUUUUAUAAUUUAAUAAAAAGGAAGAAUACAUUGUAAUCAA